CUCUUCUUCAAGCUCCUGAGUUACGAUGGUGACAACUGAUGAAGGGAAAGCUGCUCGGAGCCCCAGCGAGAACGAAAGCCGUGCCCCCAUAAACAUUCAAAUUAAGAAAAAUGUGCGGAGAUGCAACAAAUUGGGACGAAGAAGCGUACAGGGAGAGCAUAUUGAGGGACAGAGAGAUCCAAACCCGAACCGUGUUCCGAACCGUUUGGGCUCCUUCCUUAAACCCUAACCCGGAAUGCGUCGUCGUCGCCUCCAGCGAUGGUUCGAUCGCUUCUUACUCCAUUUCCUCUUGCGUCUCCAAACUUCCGAUUGGUUUUUGCAGUGCUAGGGCUCAACGGCUGUUACCGGCUGAGCCGGAGGGAUUCCUUGAAGGGCAUGAUGGACCUGCGUAUGAUGUGAAAUUCUACGGCAAUGGCGAAGAUUCUUUGUUAUUAAGUUGUGGUGAUGAUGGUAAAAUUAAAGGAUGGAGGUGGAAGGAAUUUACUGAAUCGGAGGUGCCUAUUACCUUCCAAGGAAAUCAUAUGAAGCCAGUUCUUGACUUGGUCAAUCCCCAACAUAAAGGUCCAUGGGGUGCUCUCUCUCCAAUUCCUGAGAAUAAUGCCAUUGCUGUUGAUCCUCAGGGGGGAUCCAUUUUCUCCGCUGCUGGUGAUUCCUGUGCAUAUUGCUGGGAUGUGGAGAAGAGUGAAAUCAAAACGGUCUUUAAGGGCCACUCAGACUAUUUGCAUUGUAUAGUAGCCCGUGCCUCUUCCAAUCAGAUUAUCACUGGUUCAGAGGAUGGGACUGCACGAAUAUGGGAUUGCAAAAGUGGAAAGUGCAUUAAAGUAAUUGACCUGCUGAAGGACAAUAAGUUGAAGGGACUCAUCUCCUGUGUUAGCUGCAUUGCUCUAGAUGCAAGUGAGAGCUGGUUGGCUUGUGGCAGUGGUCGGAGCUUGUCAGUCUGGAAUCUCCCUGCAUCUGAAUGCAUUUCAAAUAUAUCCAGCCGUGCAUCUAUACAGGAUGUAGUAUUUGAUGACAAUCAAAUAUUAGCUGUUGGUGCAGACCCUGUACUCGGCCGUUUUGACAUGAAUGGAAUGAUACUUUCACAGAUACAAUGUGCUCCUCAAUCAGCAUUUUCAGUCUCAUUGCACCCAUCUGGUGUUACUGCAAUUGGUGGUUAUGGGGGUCUUGUAGAUGUCAUAUCACAGUUUGGAAGUCAUUUGUGCACAUUCCAUAGCCAUUGUAUAAACGUGGUUACAGUUUGCAUGAGAGCUUUAAGCAACAUGGCAUGUUACCUUUGCCCAACAUCAAUCCGGCCUUUGAAAGGAAAGGGUGAGAAAUCAGUCUUACCUGCCUUUGUACGUGGGAAGAAGAACGCGAAAAGAAGGAAAGGGACAAAUUUGGAGAAGCUUAUCCAAAACCAAUCUUAUAAUCAUGCCGACAUUCGUACUUGUGCCAGGGCAUUGACUUCGCCAGAACCUAGGAGUUCUGGUGGAUUGUGUUUCCUUCGUGGAAACUCCGCGGCGUUGAUCCGAGGAGUUUGGGAAAAAACUCUAAUUUCAUCGAAAACCUUAUUCAGAAUAAGCUUCUGUUUAUCACUUGGACUUUUCGAUUUUCUUUUUUUUGAAAAGCGACUUUUCGAUUUUCAUCGAUCAUCAUCUCCAGUUAUGGCAGGGGCUGCACCAGAGGGAUCGCAAUUUGAUGCUCGCCAAUUUGAUAGUAAAAUGAAUGACUUCCUUUUAGCUGAUGGACAGGAUGUUAUUGCCUCAUGGGAUGAAGUUUAUGAUACUUUUGAUGCCAUGGGUUUGCUACAGAAUCUUUUGAGGGGAAUUUAUGCAUACGGUUUUGAAAAACCCUCUGCAAUUCAGCAAAGAGGAAUUGUUCCCUUCUGUAAGGGACUUGAUGUGAUUCAACAGGCUCAAUCUGGGACGGGAAAGACAGCAACAUUUUGUUCUGGGAUUCUGCAACAACUUGAUUAUAGUUUGGUGGAAUGUCAGGCCUUGGUUUUGGCACCCACUAGAGAGUUAGCUCAACAGAUUGAGAAGGUUAUGCGAGCACUAGGAGACUAUCUUGGUGUGAAGGUUCAUGCUUGUGUUGGUGGGACCAGUGUCCGUGAAGACCAACGCAUCUUAUCAAGUGGUGUUCAUGUUGUUGUUGGCACUCCUGGUCGUGUUUUUGAUAUGCUGCGAAGGAAGUCACUUCGUGCUGAUCACAUUAAGAUGUUUGUGUUGGAUGAGGCAGAUGAAAUGCUGUCACGAGGUUUUAAGGAUCAGAUCUAUGACAUUUUCCAGCUUCUGCCAGAAAAAGUGCAAGUGGGUGUCUUCUCUGCAACAAUGCCACCUGAGGCCCUUGAGAUUACCAGAAAAUUUAUGAAUAAACCUGUGCGGAUUCUUGUGAAGCGUGAUGAGCUCACACUGGAGGGUAUAAAACAGUUUCACGUCAAUGUUGAUAAGGAAGAAUGGAAGCUUGAGACACUAUGUGAUCUGUAUGAAACCUUAGCCAUUACUCAGAGUGUCAUUUUUGUGAACACCAGACGCAAGGUUGACUGGCUGACAGACAAAAUGCGGAGCAGAGACCAUACAGUCUCUGCCACCCAUGGAGAUAUGGACCAGAAUACAAGAGACAUCAUCAUGCGUGAAUUUCGUUCUGGGUCAUCUCGUGUUCUCAUCACCACCGAUCUUCUUGCUCGUGGUAUUGAUGUCCAGCAAGUCUCUCUUGUUAUAAACUAUGAUCUGCCUACUCAACCUGAGAACUACCUCCACCGUAUUGGACGAAGUGGACGUUUUGGGAGGAAGGGUGUUGCAAUAAACUUUGUGAUCGGGGAUGAUGAAAGGAUGUUGUUUGACAUCCAGAAGUUCUAUAAUGUGAUUAUUGAGGAGCUGCCAGCGAAUGUUGCUGAUCUCCUUUGAUGAGAUUUUGCCCAUCAUUGUUAGUGGAGAUUGGAGCCAGUUGGGAGCUGUUAGCAAGUUUAUUUCUCUCCCUCUCUUUUCCCCCCUUGUUUUAAAGUCUUAUUUUAUAGCCAUAGGCUUAUUUGGUAUCGUGGGCAAUUAUUGUUGCAUGUUUGGUAAUUUAGGUUCUUAUAUGGGGUUUAAUUUUUCUUGGCACA